UCUUGGCGCCUCCACUCUGGACUAUUUUCUGGACGCAUAGCGGCUAUGAUGUGUUAAGUUCAUAAUGUCCCGACAAUCCGUCUAAGAAACUCACCUGUCAUGAAAGCUGAUACUUGGUAUUCGAAAAACUUUCGUUUAUUAGUGUGUUCGUGACAGUACGUAACCUGGAUGAUUAGUGUUAGUUUCCAACUUAUCGUGACAUUUCCUUCCCUCCCACUGUCGAUUCUGAGAAAUCUCACAUUUUCUAUUUGGGUGUACUUUUUGGACCAUUACAGGUACGAUAUAAAUCGAUCGAUAUGACUAUCAGAAAGAUUUGCGGUAUCGGUGCCGGAUAUGUAGGUGGACCGACGUGUAGCGUGAUAGCCUUGAAGUGCCCAGAGAUUCAGGUGACUGUAGUGGACAAGAGUAAAGAAAGAAUUGCACAAUGGAACUCAGAAAAGCUUCCGAUCUAUGAACCAGGUCUCGAUGAGGUUGUGCGUAAAUGUCGCGGCAAAAAUUUAUUCUUUUCUACGGACAUCGAGACCGCGAUCCAGGAGGCUGAUUUAAUUUUUAUCUCGGUCAACACGCCGACAAAAACAUUUGGCAAUGGGAAAGGAAGGGCAGCCGAUUUGAAGUACGUCGAGAACGCAGCCAGAAUGAUCGCGGAAAUUGCGACCGGGGACAAAAUCGUUGUGGAGAAGAGCACAGUUCCAGUCAGAGCAGCGGAGAGUAUCAUGAAUAUUUUGCGUGCCAACCAUAAACCAGGAGUAUCGUAUCAGAUCUUAUCAAACCCGGAGUUCUUGGCGGAGGGGACCGCAAUUGAGGAUUUAGUGAAUGCAGAUCGCGUUUUGAUCGGAGGUGAGGACUCACCGGAAGGGCAGGCGGCCAUCGAGGAAUUAUGCAAAGUUUACGAGCAUUGGAUUCCAAGGAAGAAUAUUUUAACUACAAAUACUUGGAGUUCGGAGUUAUCUAAGCUGGCCGCCAAUGCCUUUUUGGCGCAACGCAUAUCAAGCAUAAAUUCCUUAUCGGCGGUAUGUGAAGCGACUGGCGCGGACGUGUCUGAGGUGGCACGGGCUGUUGGCCUUGACUCUCGAAUAGGAUCGAAGUUCCUUCACGCAUCGGUCGGAUUUGGUGGUUCGUGCUUUCAAAAGGAUAUUCUUAAUUUGGUGUAUAUCUGCGAAUGUCUAAACUUACCGGAGGUGGCGGCCUAUUGGCAACAAGUCAUAGACAUGAAUGAAUACCAGAAAUCUAGGUUCUCCGCGAAAGUAAUCGAGUCUCUAUUCAAUACCGUCACGGACAAAAGUAUUUCUAUGCUAGGCUUUGCCUUCAAGAAAAAUACUGGUGACACGCGUGAGUCACCGGCCAUUCACGUUGCUAAGACCCUACUCGAUGAGGGUGCUAUGCUUCAUAUAUAUGAUCCCAAGGUCGAGGAGAGUCAAAUUAUCGAGGAUUUGACACAUCCGAGUGUAACUAAUGAUCCAGAAUACGUAAAAAGCAGGAUCAGUAUUUACAAAGACGCUUAUAGUGUUACGAAAGAUACACACGCUAUAGUACUUUGUACCGAAUGGGAUGAGUUUGUAGAACUGGAUUACAAACGAAUUUAUAUUAACAUGAUGAAACCUGCAUAUAUUUUCGAUGGAAGAAAAAUUUUGGAUCACGAUAGGUUACAAAAGAUAGGUUUUAUCGUACAGACUAUUGGCAAAAGGAUUACGAGGACCGUACUUUCAAGGGCAUGGGGAAGUCAACCUCAAAUAUAAAUAAAUAUACGCAGGUUGUCAUAUGAGACCGAAUUCAUUUGAUUUCAUAAAUAUUUUAAUUAUCACGCGAAUGGGUUUAGAAUCUUGUAAAUUCCGAAAUGUGCUAGAUUUUAUACUCUCCACGGAAUAAUCUUGACAUAGAAAGUAGUAUUUGCUUUCACUUAAAGUAUUUUCCUUUUUUUACAGAUUCUGUGAAAUAGUAAAUUAGCUUAUAAUUUUUUCAAAUUUACAAAAAAUGUAGAUUCACAAAAUUUUGAAAGAUCGAGCAUUUUUGAUGGAGCUUAGAUUUAAGAUUAUAAAUGUUGGAAACAAAUGCGCCUUUUUGAGAACAAGUAUGUACCUAAUAUAUAUCACUUAUUGUAACUGUUUGUAGUAAUGAACAACGUCAGUUGUAUCAAACAUUUAUAUAUACUUUUUACAUAAUUUGAUAUGUAGAUAUCUGCAAUUAUUAUAAUUAUGAUGGUAAAUAUUGUAGCUUUAUUCUU